AUGGCUGCACUUGGUCAUUGUGAAGAUCCAGCUUGUAUAAAAAAACCACCCACACAUGGAUUAGUUCGUAUAUUUCGUUGUUCAUUACAUUGUAAUCGUAAUUUAUGUUUAUCCCAUUUAAAUGAUCAUAAUGUUUCUUAUGAAAAAGAAAAAAAUCAAAAUGAUACAAUUAAACGUGAAUUAGAAGGUUCAUUAAAAUUAUAUCAAACAUUAUUUGAACAACAAAUUGCGACUUAUGAUAAACUUGUCUGUCAAGCAACAACAAUAUUAUCUCAUAAUUUAUCAACACUUAUUCCAACUGAACAAAUACGUAAUGUUUUGUUUAAUGUUCGACAAGCAAUAACAUUGUAUCAACAAAAACUAAUUUUUAAAAAAGAAACUGAAACAAUUGAUUCUUUAGUUAAAAUUAAAAAUGAGGAAAAUAGAAAAAUGGUUACACCUGAUGAUGAUGAUGAUAAUGUUCUUUCAUUACAAGAGGAUACUGAUAAUGAUGUUACGAUUACACUUAAUGAUCCACCUCUUAAUGUUCGUUCUAAAAAUAUUAAUGUAAAUACUCGUGUUCAUACGAAAAGUACUGACGAUUGUGAAAGUUUUACUAUUCGUAUACCACUACUUGAACAUAUAGGUACGAACUCAACGAGUGAAAUUGUACACAGUCAAGAACAACUAGCAGCAGAAGCUUAUGCAAAAAAACGAUCAACGGAAGGUGCAAAAUCACGAGGAAAAGUACUUAAACGAAUACAAAAAUAA